AUGGAGCGGCGCGGCGCGGGGGCAGCGGCGGCGGCGGCCGUGGGGCGGCGGCUGCUUUGGGCGCUGCCCGCCUACGCCGCGGGGCUGCUGGGGCUGGGCGCGGGCGCGCUGCUGCUGGCGUUGGCGCUUUACGCGGGAUGGAGGCGGCGGCGGCGCGCCCGGCAGCGCGCGUUCAGCCUGGCCGCGCGCCUGCAUAGCGACGAGGAAGCGGCCGUGCGCUCCGCCGCCGCGGGGCUGGGAGCGGCCCGCGGGGAACUGCCGGCGUGGGUGAACUUUCCAGAUGUGGAGAGGGCAGAAUGGCUGAACAAGAUCCUGGCACAGACGUGGCCGUUCUUUGGGCGCUACAUGGAGAAGCUGUUGGUGGAGAGCAUCGCGCCCUCCAUCCGCGCCUCCAACACCCACCUGCAGACCUUCACCUUCACCAGGGUGGACAUGGGCGAGAAGCCUCUCCGUGUGCUGGGGGUCCGGGCACAUCCUGGUACCCACAAGCAGCAGAUCCUGCUGGACCUCAACAUCAGCUACGUGGGUGAUGUGCAGAUCGACGUGGAGGUGAAGAAGUUCUUCUGCAAGGCGGGGGUGAAGGGCAUGCAGCUCCAUGGGACGCUGCGGGUCAUCCUGGAGCCGCUGCUGGGCGAUGUGCCCAUCGUGGGGGCCCUCACCAUGUUCUUCAUCCGGCGCCCAACUUUGGACAUCAACUGGACGGGGAUGACCAACCUGCUGGAUAUCCCGGGGCUCAGCUCCAUGUCGGACACGAUGAUCAUGGACACCAUCUCCUCCUACCUGGUGCUGCCCAACCGCCUCCUGGUGCCGCUGGUGCCCAACCUGCACGACGUCGCCCGGCUGCGCUGCCCCCUCCCCAGGGGUGUGGUGCGCGUGCAUCUGUUUGGAGCGCGGGAGCUGCGCAGCAAGGAUCGCUUCAUGGGGGGGUUGGUGGAGGGGAAGUCGGACCCCUACGCGGUGCUGCGCGUGGGCACGCAGGUGGCGAGCAGCCGCGUGGUGCACAGCGAGCUCAGCCCCACCUGGGAUGAGGUGUACGAGUUCAUCGUGCACGAGGUGCCGGGGCAGGAGAUCGAGGUGGAGCUCUUUGAUAAAGACCCCGACCAGGACGACCUGCUGGGCAGGAUGAAGCUGGACUUUGGGGAGGUGCUGAAGGCUCGGGUGCUGGAGGAGUGGUUCCCACUGCAGGAUGGAGGCAGGGGGCGGCUGCACCUGCGCUUGGAGUGGCUGACAUUGCUGCCUGAUGCCUCCAAACUGGAGCAGGUUCUGCAGAGGAACCGCAAGAUCCCAUCCAACCCCGACCCCCCGUCAGCCGCCAUCCUGGUGGUUUACCUGGACCGCGCCGAGGAGCUGCCGGUGAAGAAACCCGGGAAGGAGCCCAACCCGGUGGUGCAGGUGUCUGUGCAGGAUGUGACCCGAGAGAGCAAGGUGGUGUACGGCACCCGGCACCCGGUGUGGGAGGACGCCUUCCGCUUCUUCCUGCAUGACCCUGCACACCAGGACCUGGACAUCCAGGUGAAGGAUGACCCCCGGCAGACCCCCCUGGGCUCUCUCUCCCUGCCCCUCUCUCGGUUGCUCUCUGCCCCAGAGCUGACCCUGCAGGAGCCCUUUGCACUGCAGCACGCAGCGCCCAACAGCCGCCUGCACCUCACCCUGGUGCUGCGGGUGCUGUACUUCGAUGGCCCUGAGGUUGGUCCCCCCCCACCGACCCCCCCUGGGCAGUUGGAGGCCCCCCCUGGUACCAGCGGCGCACGCAGACCCAGCAAAGCCAACCCAGACCCCCAGUUUGGGACCGAGGCUGUGCUGCGCAUCCACCUCCUGGAAGCGGAGGACCUGAUUGCCAAGGACAACUUCCUGGGGGGGCUGAUGAGGGGCCGCUCCGACCCCUAUGCGGCCGUGAGGGCGGGGGGGCGGCUGUUCCGCAGCCGAGUCGUCCGGGAGGAGCUGAGCCCCCGCUGGAAUGAGAUCUACGAGGUGGUGGUGGACGACAUCCCUGGGCAGGACGUGGAGUUUGAGCUCUUUGAUAAGGAUGUGGACAAGGAUGAUUUCCUGGGCCGGUGCAAAGUGCCACUCAGGCGGGUGCUGAGCUGCGGAUUCGUGGAUGAGUGGCUGCCCCUGGAGGAGGUGCGAUCCGGGCGCCUGCAUGUGAGGUUGGAGAGGCUGCAGCCCCAGCCCAGCGCUGCGCUGCUGGAGCAGGUUCUGCACACCAACAGCCUCCUGCAGCCCUCCCGUGGGGAGGAACUCUCAGCCGCGCUCCUCUCCGUAUUCCUGGACCGCGCUGCAGAGCUCCCGCUCCGGAAGGGCUCCAAGCCCCCCGCUGCCUUUGCUGCCCUGUCUGUGCGUGACGUCUCCUUUAAGACCAAGACCUGCGCCCCGAGCACAGAGCCGGUGUGGGAUGAAGGCUUCUCCUUCCUCAUCAAACGGCCGCAUGGGGAGGCGCUGGAGCUGAAGGUCAGGACGGGGGGGGGGCAGGCGCUGGGCGCUCUCAGCCUCCCCCUGUCCCAGCUGCUGGCAGCCGAGGCGCUGACCCUGGACACGUGGCUGCCACUGGCCGGGGGGGGGCAGGUGCUGCUGCGGGCGCAGAUGGGGAUCCUGGUGUCGCAGCACUCGGGGGUGGCACCCAGCGGUGACCCCGUGCUGGGGGGGGACGCGGAGCCGCAGGAGGCGAUGGCGGGGGGGGACAAGGAGGAGAACCAGGAUGGGGGGGGGGACGCUGCGGCAGCGCACAGCGCACAG